UCACCAGUCAUAUCUAAUCGAAUCUUUGUGAUUCGUGUUCAUUUUAUUCAUACAAUUUCUCACACUAUUCUUUGAAUAGGUUUGUGAGUUUGUCAAGCGACAGUGAGCCACGUCAAAACAGAUAUUUAAAAAUGGUGGAAUUUGAGUCUAUGACGAGAUACGUCUCGCCGGUAAACCCAGCAGUUUUUUCAUUACUUGCAAUAGUAUUGCUUGGUAUUGGAAUAUUUUUCACGGCAUGGUUCUUCGUGUACGAAGUUACCAGUACCAAAUUUACUAGAGAUAUAUUCAAAGAAUUGUUGAUUUCAUUAGUGGCAGCUAUAUUCUCAGGAUUUGGUGUAUUAUUCUUACUUCUAUGCGUGGGCAUAUAUGUAUGAGUAUAGUUCAACCUGCCAAUCCAGCUUUUUGACGACAUCGUUGCAUAAGCGCCCUAAGCAUAAACUGUCUACGUGAAAGUUGUCGUACUUGUUUAAGGAAAUUAUCCAAAUCUAUAGUACUGGAACGCAAUCCUUCAGCGAGAUAAUAUAUUGCAUCUUCCGUCGCAGCCUCUUCAGCAAAUGCAUUUAACAUUCUAAAAAAAAUAUAUAUCAUUAUUGCAUAUGAUAAAAGAAAAUAAGAAAUUUAUAUAUGAAAAGAAUUUACUGUUUAUGUAAUGGUGUAAUCGUCGUAACAGCCUGAUCUACAUCUACUGACUGA